ACCUAUGUGAAAUCUAUUCACACUCUCCGCUGGUUUUCUCAACCCUCCGACUGUGCCAAGAGUGUUGAUCCAAGGCUGCGGUUUGAUCCGCAAUCCGCUCUUUUCCUAUCCUUCUCUUGUCUGGCUGCUUCAGUGAUUUCGCUCCAUCGCUGCCACCGUAACUGUGCUACUCAAGACGUUGUUCUACACUCUGCCACAGGUCUUUGA